GACAGACAGACUGUAGGACAGCCUGCCCCGCCCCCUGCCGGACCGCCUGACUCUGUGACCUCGAGCUUGUCCCCUGUCGGGUCUUGGUCAGCGACUCUGCCCUCACUCACCCCUUCCUCCCCUCAGCCCCUGCCUGUCUCACUCUGCUCCACCUGGGGCCUCAGCGCAAGUUAGCAUCCGUAGACACUCCUGAAUUGCAGCCCCAGGCCAGGGUAGCCAGCCUUUCCCCGGGACCCCACAGCUCAUCAGAUCUGCUAUGCUUUCCUGAGCCAUCAGGCGCUGGAGAGGCACCCUAAGGUACCGGUUAGGUGAUCAUGGCAGACAAAGCUGUGAAAGGAGGCUAUUGCAUUAUUCCAGGUGGGAAGCCUAAGCAGGUCUCCCUGCGCGGCCUUUCACAGGCACACCCCUGCCCGCAGGUCCCAGAUUAAAUCAGCCUUUCAUUCCCUUAUUGGGAGGAAGUAACUCCUCAGACCUGGAAUGAGGAGACUGAGUUAUGGAAGAAAGGUCAUUAGUCCUAGUCUCCGAAGAACCUGUAGGCAGAAGGAGGGAGGGUGUUUGUCCUGGGUGGCUCUGAAGUGGUGAGAGAGAAGGGGUGGGGCUGCCGGACUUCUGGACUUUGAGCAGUGCAGAUCUUUCUAAAUCCUUAGCUGCAGUUCAGAGUUUCUUCCGGGCUCAGGCCUGGGAGCCGCCGGAAGCCAAGGGCUCUGCUCUGUACGCAGGCCAGGCAAGCCCUCCCAGCCAGGAUGUCAGGCCUGGUGUUGGGGCAGCGGGAUGAGCCUGCAGGACACCGGCUCAGCCAGGAGGAGAUCCUGGGCAGUACCAGGUUGGUGAGCCAAGGGCUGGAGGCCCUACACAGUGAACACCAGGCUGUGCUGCAGAGCUUGUCCCACACCAUCGAGUGUCUGCAACAGGGAGGCCAUGAGGAAGGGCUGGUGCAUGAGAAGGCUCGGCAGCUGCGGCGGUCUAUGGAGAACAUUGAACUGGGACUCAGUGAGGCCCAGGUGAUGCUGGCUCUGGCCAGCCACCUGAGCACAGUGGAGUCGGAGAAGCAGAAGCUGCGGGCCCAAGUCCGCCGUCUGUGCCAGGAGAACCAGUGGCUCCGAGAUGAGCUGGCAGGCACUCAGCAGCGGCUGCAGCGUAGCGAGCAGGCCGUGGCUCAGCUCGAGGAGGAAAAAAAACACCUGGAGUUCUUGAGGCAGCUGCGCCAGUAUGAUGAGGAUGGGCACAGCAUGGAGGAGAAGGAAGGAGAUGCCACCAAGGAUUCUCUGGAUGACCUCUUCCCCAACGAGGAGGAGGAAGAUUCCAGCAAUGGCUUGUCCCGUGGCCAGGGUGCUACAGCAGCCCAGCAGGGCGGAUAUGAGAUCCCAGCAAGGUUGCGGACCCUGCACAACCUGGUCAUCCAGUAUGCCGCUCAGGGGCGCUAUGAGGUGGCUGUGCCACUCUGCAAGCAGGCACUAGAGGACCUAGAGCGCACAUCUGGCCGAGGUCACCCUGAUGUGGCUACCAUGCUCAACAUCCUGGCUUUGGUGUAUCGGGACCAGAAUAAGUACAAGGAGGCUGCCCACCUGCUGAAUGAUGCCCUCAGCAUCCGGGAGAGCACCCUGGGCCGGGACCACCCAGCCGUAGCUGCCACGCUCAACAAUCUGGCUGUGCUGUAUGGCAAAAGGGGCAAAUACAAGGAGGCAGAGCCAUUGUGCCAGCGGGCACUGGAGAUCCGAGAAAAGGUCCUGGGCACCGACCACCCGGAUGUGGCAAAGCAGCUGAACAACUUGGCCCUCCUGUGUCAAAACCAGGGCAAGUACGAGGCGGUGGAACGCUAUUACCAGCGGGCACUAGCCAUCUAUGAGAGCCAGCUAGGGCCAGACAACCCUAACGUCGCCCGGACCAAGAACAACCUGGCUUCCUGUUACCUAAAGCAGGGCAAGUACUCGGAGGCUGAGGCUCUGUACAAAGAGAUCCUGACCCGUGCCCAUGUGCAGGAGUUUGGAUCUGUGGAUGAUGACCACAAGCCUAUCUGGAUGCAUGCUGAGGAGCGGGAGGAAAUGAGCAAGAGCCGGCGCCGUGAGAGCGGCACACCCUAUGCAGAGUACGGAGGAUGGUACAAGGCCUGCAAAGUGAGCAGCCCCACAGUGAACACUACCCUGAGAAACCUCGGGGCUCUGUACAGGCGCCAGGGAAAGCUGGAGGCAGCUGAGACCUUGGAGGAAUGUGCCCUGCGUCCCCGGAAGCAGGGUACUGACCCCAUCAGUCAAACCAAGGUGGCGGAGCUGCUCGGGGAAGGUGACGGGAGAAGGACCACUCAGGAGGGCCCUGGGGACACUGUGAAAUUCGAGGGGGGUGAAGACGCGUCAGUGGCUGUGGAGUGGUCAGGGGAUGGCAGUGGCACCCUGCAGAGGAGUGGCUCUCUGGGCAAGAUCCGGGAUGUGUUUCGCAGAAGCAGUGAACUCCUGGUGAGGAAGCUCCAAGGGACUGAGCCUCGGCCUUCCAGCAACAUGAAGCGAGCAGCCUCACUGAACUACCUGAAUCAACCCAGUGCAGCCCCACUCCAGGUUUCCCGGGGCUUCAGUGCCAGCACUAUGGACCUCUCUUCAAGCAGCUGACAUUCAGAUACCAGCUCCCACACCCCCACUCCAUCUGCUGGGUCCCCAGCAUUCCUCCUUGCUCCUGUCCUUCCCACCCCAAAUGGGAAGAUGAAGGAGGGCAGUUUAAAGGGAAGAGUACAGCCUCUAGGGUCUAGGCUCCUUCCUCACGAACGCCCGCCCCUUUGGAAGGGCCCUCAGGAUAGCCUCUCUACUUUGGAGUCCUCUGGAGUAGCUCACUGAGACCCCCAAGGUGGCUGAAAGCAGGUUGCAUCUCCGGGAUGUGCCUGCUGCUGGUUUUUCUGUCAGAGGGUUUGGGGCUAGCCUCUUUCAUCCCUGCCCUCUGCCUCACUUCAGGUCCAUGUAUUUCACGAUGAGUCUUUAAUAAAAGAAUCAGGUAACCUUUU